GGGUUGGUCGCCAUGUCGGUGUCACACAGCUCCAGGCUGAACAAGCUGGUGCGGGAGCAGUACGCGCGGCUGCCCCAGGACGGGGCGGUGCAGGUCACCUACGUCUGGAUCGACGGCAGCGGCGAAGGGCUGCGCUGCAAGAGCAGGACCCUCGACAAGGAGCCCAAGAGCGUGGAAGAUGUUCCCGAGUGGAAUUUCGACGGCUCCAGCACGGCACAGGCAGAGGGCUCCAACAGCGACAUGUUCCUGGUGCCUGUCUGCAUGUUCAGGGACCCUUUUUGCCUGGACCCCAACAAGCUGGUGCUCUGCGAAGUGCUGAAGUACAACAGGAAACCCGCAGAGACCAACCUGAGACACACGUGCAAGAAAAUCAUGGACUUGGUUAAGGACAGCCACCCCUGGUUUGGGAUGGAGCAGGAGUACACGCUGCUGGGCAUCAACGGCCACCCCUACGGCUGGCCCGACAACGGCUUCCCUGGCCCCCAGGGCCCCUACUACUGUGGGGUUGGAGCAGACAAGGUGUACGGGCGGGAUAUCGUGGAGUCCCACUACAAGGCCUGUCUCUACGCGGGGGUGAAGAUCUGUGGCACCAACGCAGAGGUGAUGCCCUCCCAGUGGGAAUUCCAGGUGGGUCCGUGUGAAGGCAUCGAGAUGGGGGAUCACCUCUGGAUGGCUCGGUUCAUCCUCCACCGCGUCUGCGAGGACUUUGGGGUUGUGGCUACUCUGGACCCCAAACCGAUGACCGGCAACUGGAACGGCGCCGGGUGUCACACCAACUACAGCACCGAGGAGAUGCGGAGAGAAGGGGGCCUCAAGCACAUCGAAGCCGCCAUCGAGAAGCUGAGCAAGCGGCACCACUACCACAUCUGCGUGUACGACCCGCGGGGCGGCAGGGACAACUCCCGGCGCCUCACCGGCCACCACGAGACCUCCAACAUCUCCGAGUUCUCGGCUGGGGUGGCCAACCGCGGGGCCAGCAUCCGCAUCCCGCGCCAGGUGGGCCAGGAUGGCUGCGGCUACUUCGAGGACCGGCGGCCGGCGGCCAAUUGUGACCCCUACGCCGUCACCGAGGCCAUCAUGAGGACCACGGUGCUCAACGAGACCGAGGUGGAGACCAAGAACUACGCUGACCACUGAGGCCGGGGGCUGGGGGAGGUGGGUUUGUUUCCACACCAGCUCCUCCCGGGGUGUCCGUGCCACAUCCUCAGCCUCAAGCUCAGACUCUUUAGGAACCUCGCUUCUGGUUUUGUGCAACGUCGCCUUAGAAAUAUAUAUAUAUAUAUAUUUUAUAAUAAGAGGGAGGGGCCCAACCUAUUUUCUCAACCACUUUUUUUUUUUUUUUCCUGGUGCCUGGUUUUAGGUCACCCCCGGGGAGUUGUUUUGUUUGUGUUUCUUUUCUUUUUUUUUUAAUAUAUUUUUUUUCUGAUGGACUUUGCACUGUGAUGUACAUAGAUCCCGCCAUGGAAACUGCAGCUGCUGCUGUUUGCCCCUGGGGAGGGCGGGUGCCAUAUCUCUCUUGCAAGGAAAUGAUGCUAAUAAAUAAUUGCCCUGGCUGCGUGGCAGCUGGGUUAUGC